AUGGUCUGCCCCUCAGCUAGUGGUCCCAUCUCUUCCACCGUGGCCCUUGAGGACAACCACCACGUUCCCGGACAGCUUGCUCUGGCCUUGCUCUUCAUGCCUCAGGCCUGCUCUCCGCAGCUCUGGUACAACCACACCCAGCGGAGGCUGAGCCUGAGGACUCUGCACCCAUGCCGGAUGCCCGUGGAGCCCUGGCUGGCCUACAGACGACACCGAGGGCACAAAUGUGGCGUGUUCUUGCUGAACGGGCCUGAAUGGCGCUUCAACCGACUGCGGAUGAACCCAUACGUGCUGUCGCCAAAGGCCGUCCAGAAGUAUAUUCCCAUGGUGGAUACGGUGGCAAGGGAUUUCUCCCGGGCCCUGAAGGAGAAGGUGCUACAGAAUGCCCGGGGCAGCCUGACCCUGGACAUCCAGUCCAGCAUCUUCUACUACACCAUAGAAGCCAGCAACUCAGCACUUUUUGGAGAGCGGCUGGGCCUCCUUGGCAAUAACCCCAGCUAUGCGAGCCUGAAGUUCAUCCAUGCCCUGGAGGCCAUGUUGAAAUCCACUGUACAGCUCAUAUACAUGCCCAGGAGCCUGUCCCGCUGGACCAGCACCAAGACGUGGGAGGAGCACUUUGAGGCCUGGGACUACAUCUACCAGUAUGCCAACAAUUGCAUCCAGAAAAUCUAUCAGGAAGUAGCACUCAACCGCCCUGAACACUACAGCGGCAUCAUGACAGAGCUAUUGUUGCAUGGAGACUUGUCACCAGAUGCCAUCAAGGCUAAUGUCAUUGAACUCACAGCAGGGAGUGUGGACACGACCUCCUUCCCCUUGCUGAUGACACUCUUUGAGCUGGCUCGCAACCCCGACGUGCAGCAGGCCCUACGCCAGGAGAGCCUGGCAGCCCAGGCCAGCAUCACUGACAAUCCCCAGAGGGCAUUGGUGGAGCUGCCCCUGCUGCGGGCCGCCCUCAAGGAGACCCUGAGGCUCUACCCGGUGGGCCUCAUCUUGGAUCGACUCCUGCCCUCAGACAUGGUGCUGCAAAACUACCACAUUCCAGCUGGGACACUGGUCCAGGUGUUCCUCCAUUCGCUGGGUCGCCACUCCGCCUCCUUCCCGAGGCCAGAGCGCUAUGAGCCCCAGCGCUGGCUAGAGGUCAAUGGUUCCAGCACAAACUUCCGCCACCUGGCCUUUGGCUUUGGAGUGCGCCAGUGCCUGGGGCGGCGCCUGGCAGAGGUGGAGAUGCUGCUCCUGCUGCACCACGUGCUGAAAAGCUUCCUGGUGGAGACACUAAACCAAGAGGAUGUAAGGAUGGUGUACCGCUUCGUAUUCAGGCCUACCACUCUCCCCCUCCUCACCUUCAGGGCCAUCAACUAG